UUGAUUGAUUUAUUUUUCUUUUCUUUGUUCACUUUUAUUCAGGAAUUUUCCUGGAUUGGUGGAGAAGAUAGAGGAUCUUCGUCCAAAUAUGGCGGUGCAGGCAUAUGUGAAAAAUGUUACACCGAAAGGAUGUUUCGUAAUGCUUUCGCGCAAAGUUGAUGCAAAAGUUCUUCUCUCAAACUUGUAUGAUGGCUAUGUUGAAAACCCGGAGAAAGAAUUCCCUGUUGGGAAACUUGUCGUUGGCAAGGUGGUGUCAGUGGAGCCAUUGUCUAAGCGAGUUGAAGUCACUCUAAGGACAUCAAGUGCAGGCAGUGCUUCCAAGUCUGAUAAAGAUGCUCUAAGUAAUUUGACUGUUGGGGAUGUCAUAACUGGCAGAGUUAAGCGAGUUGAACCGUAUGGCUUGUUUAUCCUAGUUGAUCACACAAACAUGGUUGGAUUGUGCCAUGUUUCAGAGAUCUCUGACGAUCAUGUCAACAAUAUUGACUCUAGAUACAAAGCUGGAGAUAGAGUGACGGCAAAGAUUUUGAAGGUGGAUAAGGAAAGACAGAGAAUAUCACUUGGGAUGAAGAAUUCAUAUUUUAAUGAUGCUACAAGUGGUGAAACAAAUAUAAGGCACAGUUCUGGUUGUGCAAUGGAAGGAAAUGCUCUUUCCAGAGGUAUCGAGUCAACUCCUUCACCUGAGAGGAGCUCCCAAGAACGGGAUAAUCUUGACGAAGAAUCUGUAGAUGGGAUGGACCCGUUCCUUGCUGAAGUUGAAUCUCGGGCAUCAAUACCACCAUUGGAGGUCCCACUUGAUGAUAUAGAAAAAUUGGAUGUGGGCGAUGUAGUUAAUCAAGACUCAGGUGAUGCUAGCAAUUUAGGUACUUCAGAUGAAAAGAACAAGAAACUAGCAGCAAAGAAAGCUAAAAGAUUGAGGGAACAAGAAAUUAGAGCUGCUGAGGAAAGAUUACUAGAAAAAGAUAUUCCCAGAGAUGAAGAUGAGUUUGAGAAAUUAGUUAGAAGUUCCCCAAAUAGCAGCUUUGUCUGGAUAAAAUACAUGGCAUUUGUGCUGUCUUUGGCUGAUGUUGAGAAGGCACGCUCAAUUGCUGAACGGGCUUUGAGGACAAUAAAUGUUCGAGAAGAGUCGGAGAAGCUGAAUGUUUGGGUUGCCUACUUUAAUUUAGAAAAUGAGUAUGGAAAUCCCUCACAGGAAGCUGUUGCAAAAGUAUUCCAAAGAGCAUUGCAGUAUUGUGAUCCCAAAAAGGUGCAUCUGGCCUUGUUAGGAAUGUAUGAGAGGACCGAGCAACACACACUCUCAGAUGAACUGCUUAACAAGAUGGUUAAGAAGUUCAAGCAUUCGUGCACGGUUUGGCUCAGGCGGGUUCAGUGGCUAUUGAAACAAAGCCAAGAUGGGGUCCAGUCAGUGGUGAAUCGUGCUUUACUAAGUCUUCCUCCGCACAAGCAUAUUAAGUUUAUUUCACAGACAGCUAUUCUAGAGUUCAAGUGUGGGGUUCCUGACAGGGGUCGCUCCUUGUUUGAGAAAAUGCUUCGCGAGUAUCCCAAGAGAACUGACUUGUGGAGUGUUUAUCUUGAUCAAGAGAUUCGACUAGGAGAUGCGGAAGUGAUCCGUGCUUUAUUUGAAAGGGCAAUUACUCUUAACCUUCCACCCAAAAAGAUGAAGUUCCUUUUUAAGAAGUAUCUCGAGUAUGAGAAGACGCUUGGUGAUGACGAUCGAAUGGAGGCUGUGAAAAGAAAAGCAAUGGAAUAUGUUGAGAGCACUCUUGCUUAAUUAAACCAGCAGUCAUGUAGAUCUGAAUAUCUUGACAAGGCGAAGAGUCCUCGAUCAGUGCUGGAGAAGAGAUGUUCAUGGCAUGGUCUUGCGUCUAUCCAUUGGUUGAAAUUCAGAGAUUUCCUUGAGGUUGAAAUUGUCUGAUUCUCAUGCAGUUUUGACAUACAAGCGCGACAAACAGUAGUUAGGUUCUGCUGGAAGUAACGUUCCCAUCACUAUAACCAACUUCUCUUGUAGGCACAAUUCAGCGAUUGAAAUACAGCAGUUAGGAGAUUGACAUGCGACAUGUGUUCGUGCUGAUUUUCAAAAUGUCACACUAAUUUUGUAACUUAUAUAGGAAAAUUUUGGAACACUGAGAAAUUGUGGUGUAAAGAGAAUCCAAGUUUUAUGCAAGAGGAAUAUGCAAUUGUGUAGGUGCUUGUAUAAUUAUCAAUAUGAGCAAUGAUAAAAUUACUCAUUGUAUGCCAUAUUAACCUUAAAAUACUUUGUGGGCAAUGCAAGUAAACCACUGUUGAUUCA